AUGGCUUUCGACAACAGACUCCCCCCAGGGACGCAGCGGCUCGAGGAUAAGGCAGGGUCCAAGAUUCUGCUUGCUCCUCAGCCAAAUGCCGAUCCGAACCAGCCUUUGAAUUGGUCGGGGGCCAGGAAGACGUUGCAUAUGACGAUUCUGUGUCUGUAUGCGCUCAUGGUGUUUGCAAUUCUUUGCGUUGCAGUUCCCCUCUGGCAAGAUUUCAACGUCCAGCUCGGGAUGAGCUAUGCUGUGCUCAAUGACGGGUAUGCUACCAACAUGGCGACUCUCUCGGUCGGCUGCAUCAUCUUCGUCCCUAUCGCCCUUCGAGUUGGGAGACGUCCAAUAUACCUCGUUACCUCGCUGAUCAUGCUUGCUGCGGCCAUCUGGCAAGCCGAGAUGCACACUGUCGGCGAUAUGAUUGGAUCGAACGCCAUUUCUGGACUGGCGGGCGCUGUCAACGAGGCCAUCUUCCAAGUCACCGUCGCCGAUUUGUUCUUCGUCCACCAACGAGGCACCAUGAACGGAAUAUACCUGUGUCUCGUCAUCAUAGGCAAUUACCUAGGGCCUGUCGCAGCUGGCUACGUUGCCGUCAACCAGGACUGGCGAUGGGUGUUCUGGUACUGCACGAUCUUCAUGUCGAUUGUGACCCUGGCCAUGUUUUUCUUCCUUGAAGAGUCCAAGUACACUCCACGGAUCAUGCACGGACAAGAAAUCGUCCCGUCAACGCAGCAAGAGAACGGCGUGACCAAAGUCAGCAGCACGACGAAGGACAGGAUGAGCUCGAUCUCCAUCGACGCAACUGAAGCUGCUAACAACCAGCGCCGCCGGCUGUUUGAGAUCGAUACGACCAUCCCCACGGACUCAUACUGGAAACGCCACCGCUUAUGGUCGCUUGAGAAGACAACCACGACUGGGAAUAGGAGUUACUGGAUGCAUUUCUUCCAACCCUUCCAGAUGCUGUACACAUUUCCAGCUGUUGCAUUUUGCGCACUCCAGUAUGGGUUUCUUAUUGCCAUGCUGGCUGUCCUUGCCGUCACCCAAGCCACGCUAUAUCCGUUCCCGCCCUACAACUUUUCGCCUAUUGGCAUUGGUAACAUGAAUCUUCCGCCUGCUAUAGGUGCCAUUCUGGGAAGUGUCUUUGGUGGUCCGAUCAAUGACUGGUUCAUUGUCCAAGUCGCGAAGAGACGCGGGGGCAUAUACGAACCAGAGACGCGGUUGUAUUUGUUCUUGAUUCCCGGGCUGUGCAUGCCACUUGGGCUAUUUAUGUAUGGCUUGACGAUCUCCAAGGGCAUGCCAUGGGCAAUCAACGCCGUAGGGGCAGGCUUCAUCGGUGCAGCUAUUGGAGGCUGUGGUGACAUUGCUUUGACAUACUGCCAGGAUUGUUAUCAAUAUAUUCUCGGAGAUGCCCUCACAGGCGUCGUCUUUGUGCGGAACAUCAUCUCCACCGCGCUAGUGUUUGCUAUCACACCUUGGAUCGAAGGAAUGGGAGUGUACAAUAUGUUCGUCUUGCUCGGAUGCUUGAGUAUCGCCGUGGCUUUGACUGUUGUGCCUCUGAUCAUCUGGGGUCGGACGUGGCGAGCCAAGUUGGCUGGAAGGUAUGAGUAUUUUGUGGCGAAGCAGUACUGA